AUGCAACGACACAAUAAUAAUAUAAAUAAUAGUAAUAUUAACAAUGAAACAUUAUUUUGGAAUGUUUUCAAAAAUAAAUAUUUAUUUUUUAAAAUCUUUUCAAAUUUUAAAAAAAUAGAUACUUAUCAAUAUAUUUUUAUGAUCCCAAGAAUUAUUGAUGGGUAUGGCGUAGAGGUUUUAAGAGAUAAAUUAAAGAGUAAUAGUUUUUUAACCUUCCCAGAAUCGAUUAGUUAUGGAGAAAGUUUAAGGUCGUUGAUCAAAAAGGUGAAAAAAGAAACAAAAGAGAAUAAUGAAUUGUAUAGUCUAUUGUUUAGGUAUAUAUAUCAAAAAAAUAUAUUUUCAACAAAUGCCAUAAGAAAAGAGGUAUUGAUUGAAAUAAUAGAUUCAUCAAAUCUUUUGGCAAUGAAGAUUUUUACAAAUUUUUUUCAAAAUGAAGAAGAGCAAAUUAAUGGAAUUGUUUUAUAUAAUUAUCUGGGUUAUAAUACAAUCACAUCAUAUGAUAGUUUUAAAAUGCUUUGUUAUUUAGCUCAAGCUAAUAUUAUUUCAUUAUCAGAUAUUAUUGGUGUUCAGCUUAAAACCGACCCAACUUUUAAAGAAAUCAAAUUGAAACAGUUAAUCAAAAUUAUGCAGUUCUCAAAAAUCGACAAUGGAAUAUUAGAAAUCUUUACAGAUCAGGAACUAAACUCAAACAUCAAAUCUUUGUUAAAGACAUCAACCAAGGAUAGAAGGUCCAUUCUUUUGGGGAUAUUAGAAAUUGCCUCUGUUUUCACUGUUGAUAAUUUAGGUGGAAAAAACUUUAUGGAAAAAGUAAAUAGAACUAUUUUAAAAGUAGAGCACAGAGAGGAACUUUCUUUUCAUGGUGGUAAUCUUUUACAACAGCUUCAAUAUUAUAUCGAAAAUACAGCAUCAGUAGGUGAUUCAAACUAUAGAAAAGCAACAAUAUCAAUUAAAGAAAUAUUGAUUAAUGGUAAUGAGGAUUUCGAUAUUUUUGGUAGAAUUGUUUCCAAAAACAAAGAACUAAUGGACUCGAUAUUUACAAAUGAAAUUAACUUUAAAAAAAUACUGCCAUUAAUUAAAUCAACAUUUACUUUGGACUUUUAUUUUGAAUACUACCAAAAUUUAGCAUUCAUUAAUAAUAGUUGCCACUGGGAGUUGAUAACAUCCAUACCGAUCAUUGAACAAUAUGAAAUGUUAAUGGAAUCAAUUGGUUUAAAGUUUAGCAUUUCUGAUGAUGGUGUUUAUAAAGAAUAUAUUGAAAAUAUACCAACACUAGAAAUACUUGCCAAAAUAGCAAAUAAUUCGAAUUAUUACAUUGAGGACUUUUUCGAUCUCGAAUUUUACUCAGUUGUUAUAGGAAACUAUAUUAAUAGACACAAGUUUAAACAAGUUUUAUCACUUUUCCAAGAGUUUUACUCAAGACAACAGAUAUUUGAUGGUAAAUCUGCUCAAACACUUGUUCGUAACAGCAAUUUUUUAAAUUGGGUUUUGGAUAUUUCCUCGGGUAUAGAAGUUGAUAACAAUGGUCAUGUGGAAUUUAAAAUCAACUUGGAUACAUAUUCAGAAAAAAAAUCAGAUAGAAUAUCAUUUAUUAGGAUUUCUUUUUUAAAAUUAGAAUUACCAUAUUUGCUUUACACUCAGUGCAGAUAUAACCAAAUUUUCAGAUUUUUGGAAACGGGAGUAAUAAGAAUAACCGAGCAUUUAGAUUGUGAAAUAGUUAGAAUAGAGUUUAUUGAAAAAUUUAUACGAUUUCUUGUUGAACAAAAAGAGAAAAUAAUUGAAUAUUUAUCAAAUAAAGAACAACCACACAAAAUAGAUUCCCUCAGUUUGCAAAAUUCAUUCAACAAAUCAUCCAAUUAUUUAAGAAGAAUCAUCUCAUUUCAUAUUUUUUACGGUAAUUUAGAUUUAUUAAUUUACAUAUUAUCAAAAUAUAGUGAUUCAAUUUUUAAACAAGAAAUAAUAUCAAUCAAUAGUUUGAAAUCAGUUCUCGAUUCUAAAUGUAAACAACACCCAAAAUAUUUUGAAAUUAAUCAAAUGUUUUUAUCAAAUAUUAAAUUAAAAAAAAAAUAG